AUCCUACGUAUUAAAAACAUUACCUUCACUGUUACUUUUUGAAUGAAAUUUUUAGUUCUCUGAAAAUAAUGUGAUAAUUCCAAUCUAAUUUAUCACUAGCACAUUUAAUAUUUACAGAUACAUUUGAACAAUGAUUAGGUUUAAUCUGAAAUUAUAUUGCAAGUAUAAACUUCACAGAAAGUGUGGAAUUUUAUUUAGCCAUUAAUUUUUCAGGUGUUAGGUCUGAUUGAAGAGAGAUUCACUCAUCAGUAAUUUACUCCGUCUCAUUCAAACAAUGCGACCUCCCACUAAAGCAUCCACCAGUAAAGGGGGUGAGCCUGUUGUUAAGCCAAAGAAUGAAAAAGACCGGUUAAAGGAGAUGUUUCCGGCCUUGUGCAGAGCUGAUAAUCCCAAAGCCAGAACCAUGCUAGACGAAGACGAUGUAAAGGUUGCAGCUGAUGCUAUGAAAGAGCUGGAGAUGUUCAUGCCCAGUGCCAAGGCCACAGACUCUAAGAGCAGCAAACAGAGAUCUGAAGCCGGCAGCAGCAAGAAGAGUAGAAGGAGCAGGAGCCGAAGUCGAGACAGGGACAGGAAGAGACGCCACUACUCUCGUUCCCGCUCCAGAUCUCGCUCUCCCAACAGGGAGAGGAGGAAGCGCAGGAGUCGCUGGCAUUCCCGCAGCAGAUCCAGGAGUCCAGGCCGCGGUGACCGAGAGAAAGGCUCAGACCGCUGGAGGGACAAGCAUGUGGACCGGCCACCCCCAGAGGAGCCUGCUGUGGGUGACAUCUACAACGGCAAAGUCACCAGCAUCAUGCAGUUUGGUUGCUUUGUGCAGCUUGAAGGAUUGAGGAAACGUUGGGAGGGCUUGGUUCAUAUCUCUGAGCUUAGAAGAGAGGGCAGAGUGGCAAAUGUGGCAGAUGUGGUCAGUAAAGGUCAGAGGGUGAAGGUCAAGGUAUUGUCCUUCACAGGCUCUAAGACCAGCCUGAGCAUGAAGGAUGUUGACCAGGAAACGGGUGAGGACUUAAAUCCUAACAGAAGGAGGAAUGUUGGUGGUGAGGGUCAGGAGGAGUCAGCCAUGAGGAAUCCAGACAGACCUACCAACCUCAACCUGGGUCAUGCUCCUGAGGUGGAGGAUGACACACUCGAACGCAAGAGACUGACCAAGAUCUCUGAUCCUGAGAAGUGGGAGAUCAAACAAAUGAUUGCUGCCAAUGUGCUGUCCAAAGAGGAAUUUCCAGACUUUGAUGAGGAGACAGGGAUCCUACCUAAAGUGGACGAUGAAGAGGAUGAGGACCUGGAGAUUGAACUGGUGGAAGAGGAGCCGCCUUUCCUGAGAGGACACACCAAACAGAGCAUGGAUAUGAGCCCUGUGAAAAUAGUGAAGAACCCUGAUGGCUCGCUGUCUCAAGCAGCCAUGAUGCAGAGCGCUCUUGCUAAAGAAAGGCGGGAAGUGAAGCAGGCUCAGCGUGAGGCUGAGAUGGACUCCAUUCCUAUGGGUCUCAACAAGCACUGGGUGGACCCUCUACCUGACGCUGAAGGCAGGCAGAUUGCAGCUAACAUGCGGGGCAUUGGCAUGAUGCCCAACGACAUCCCAGAGUGGAAGAAGCAUGCUUUUGGUGGCAACAAGGCCUCAUACGGAAAGAAGACACAGCUGUCCAUCAUCGAACAACGAGAGAGUCUGCCCAUCUACAAGCUCAAAGAGCAGCUCAUUCAGGCUGUUCAUGAUAACCAGAUCCUGAUUGUGAUUGGAGAGACAGGCUCAGGGAAGACCACACAGAUCACUCAGUACCUGGCUGAAGCUGGAUAUACAGCUCGUGGGAAGAUUGGCUGCACACAGCCGAGAAGAGUGGCUGCCAUGUCUGUGGCUAAGAGAGUGUCAGAAGAAUAUGGUUGUUGUUUGGGACAGGAGGUCGGCUACACUAUCCGUUUUGAGGACUGCACGAGUCCAGACACAGUCAUCAAGUACAUGACAGAUGGUAUGCUGCUCAGAGAGUGUCUGAUUGACCCUGAUCUGGGCCAGUAUGCUAUCAUCAUGCUGGACGAGGCUCAUGAGAGGACCAUCCACACCGACGUGCUCUUUGGCCUGCUCAAGAAGACUGUACAGAAACGCCCAGACAUGAAGCUGAUUGUGACAUCUGCUACACUGGAUGCUGUGAAGUUCUCCCAGUAUUUCUACGAGGCCCCCAUUUUCACCAUUCCAGGUCGUACUUAUCCAGUAGAGGUGCUGUACACUAAAGAGCCGGAGACCGAUUACCUGGAUGCCAGUCUGAUCACAGUCAUGCAGAUCCACCUCACUGAGCCACCGGGUGAUAUUCUGGUGUUCUUGACGGGUCAAGAGGAGAUCGACACAGCCUGUGAGAUCCUGUAUGAGCGAAUGAAAUCACUCGGCCCUGACGUGCCAGAGCUGAUCAUCCUACCUGUGUACUCUGCGCUGCCCAGUGAGAUGCAGACCAGGAUCUUUGACCCAGCUCCACCUGGCAGCAGAAAGGUGGUCAUUGCGACAAACAUUGCUGAGACUUCUCUGACCAUUGAUGGAAUCUACUAUGUAGUGGAUCCAGGUUUUGUCAAGCAGAAGGUGUACAACUCAAAAACCGGCAUUGACCAGCUUGUAGUGACCCCCAUUUCUCAGGCCCAGGCUAAACAGCGAGCAGGCCGAGCAGGGAGGACAGGACCUGGCAAGUGCUACAGACUGUACACAGAACGGGCAUAUAGAGAUGAGAUGCUCACCACCAAUGUGCCUGAGAUCCAGAGAACUAACCUGGCCAGCACUGUGCUCUCCCUUAAGGCUAUGGGCAUUAAUGACCUGUUAUCAUUUGACUUCAUGGACGCUCCUCCUAUGGAGACACUGAUCACAGCAAUGGAACAGCUGUACACAUUAGGAGCUCUGGACGAUGAGGGAUUACUCACUCGUCUUGGGCGCAGGAUGGCUGAGUUUCCUCUAGAGCCCAUGCUGUGUAAGAUGCUCAUCAUGUCUGUCCAUCUGGGCUGCAGUGAAGAGAUGCUAACCAUAGUGUCCAUGCUCUCUGUGCAGAACGUCUUCUACAGGCCAAAGGACAAACAGGCUCUAGCUGACCAGAAGAAGGCCAAGUUCCACCAGCCUGAAGGAGACCACCUCACUUUACUGGCUGUCUACAACUCUUGGAAGAACAACAAGUUCUCCAAUCCCUGGUGCUACGAGAACUUCAUCCAGGCUCGCUCAUUACGCCGUGCACAGGAUAUCCGCAAACAGAUGUUGGGCAUCAUGGACCGACACAAGUUGGACGUGGUGUCAUGUGGUAAGGCAACAGUACGUGUGCAGAAGGCAAUUUGCAGCGGUUUCUUCCGGAACGCUGCUAAAAAAGACCCUCAGGAAGGUUACAGGACACUCAUAGACCAGCAGGUGGUUUACAUUCACCCCUCAAGCGCCCUCUUCAACCGACAACCUGAGUGGGUGGUAUACCAUGAACUGGUGUUGACCACCAAAGAGUAUAUGCGAGAGGUGACGACAAUCGACCCACGCUGGCUGGUGGAGUUCGCGCCAGCCUUCUUCAAAGUAUCCGACCCGACUCGCCUCAGCAAACAGAAGAAACAGCAGCGUCUCGAGCCUCUCUACAACCGAUACGAGGAGCCCAAUGCCUGGAGAAUUUCCAGAGCUUUCCGCAGGCGCUAGAACACACUUGCAAUGUAGUUGUGCUGCUGGUAACACAUUGAAAACAUUGUGGACAGAUCUUGAAACCUUUUUUAUAAGUUGAUUUGUAAGUACCUGUAUUAUUGGCAUUUGGAAUGCUCCUUCUUAAAUGGCUUUAUAACAAAGGGGACCUUUUUGUCAGUUUAAAGACAAAAUAGUUUUCAAAUGUAUAAAUGGACAUUUUGUUGUAUGACUUUUUUUUUUUUUUUUUCCUGUAACACCUUUUGUUUCUGAUUUCCUGGCAUGACUUGCUACUACUGUAAAAUGAUGUACAGAGAGCACAUUUGGCUCUGCAGCUCAAUAUGCAUUGGAACGAAACUUAAAAUUUUAGCAGACCAUCAGUGAUGAAAGUGAUCGAUUCAGUUAGUUUCUUUUAUUUUUCUCGCACCAUCCUUGUUUUGGAUCUAAGUUUAUUUAUUAACCAUUAUGGACCGUGACUCAGUACAGGAUUCUGGUCCAAGCAAAGUUUCUGUUGUAACUGUUUUGUAGCAGGCAGUGACGAGAAAUGUGUACAAGCCUUUUAUAUUAAUCCUCAUUAUUUUUUUUUUUUAAUCUUUUUGGAUCCUUUGUGCUGUGAGAUAAAUAUCCAUCAAAAAGGCCAGAUCAGUGUAAUUUCUCCUUUUUUUUUUUUUGGUCCUAGAGCGGGAAAUGGGCUGUAUUGUUUGUUUCCUUUUAACCAGAAAUCCAAGCAGUGAAAACAGACAUAUCAAGAACACGCCUAAUAGCCACUCAAUUUAAAAUAAUCAUCACUUAACUUGAAGAAAUCCCUGUAAAGCCAAGUUUAUUUCAAUAAAAGAAACAGAUCAGUUGAUCA